UACUUUUGUGAUCGUUCGCUUGAGCUCCUCUAGAAGUCGCCGUCCACUCAAGUGAUCGAGUGCAGUAGAAGAAGUAACUGAAGCGGAAGCCAGGCUGUUGACUUAUUUCGGCAAAGGUGGGUUCUGUCGUCUUUGUCUCCCGCUAGGAUCAAAAUGGACACACGAUUCACCCGAGGGAAGUCCAACAUCUUGGAGCGACCUCUGACCCGGCCCAAGACUGAAGUGAGCCUGAGCGCCUUCGCCCUCCUGUUUUCCGAGAUGGUCCAGUACUGCCAAAGCCGAGUUUACUCGGUGACCGAGCUCCAGACCCGACUGGCCGACAUGGGUCAGAGUGUUGGCGCCAGCAUGCUGGACGUGCUGGUGCUGAGAGAGAAAAACGGGAAGAGAGAGACCAAAGUGCUGAAUAUGUUGCUUUUUAUCAAGGUGAAUGUGUGGAAGUCCUUGUUUGGCAAAGAGGCAGAUAAGCUGGAGCAGGCCAAUGACGACGACAAGACCUAUUACAUCAUUGAGAAGGAGCCGCUCAUUAAUGCCUACAUUUCCGUCCCCAGAGAGAACAGCAGCUUAAACUGCGCCGCAUUCACGGCCGGCAUCGUGGAGGCCAUCCUCACUCACAGCGGCUUCCCUGCCAAAGUCACAGCCCACUGGCACAAAGGCACCACGCUGAUGAUCAAGUUCAACGAGUCGGUUAUCGCCCGCGACAAAGCCCUGGAUGGAAGAUGAGAGAGAUAAAGUGACUUUCACAUGAUUCCUUCAUUCAGAUGUUAAGUUUGUUUGUUUCUGUCUGCGGUUUUGUGUCUCUUCACUGGUUGAAAUGUCUUCGCUUCAUGUCACAGGUCAAAAGUCAUCAACUUAACUGAUUCAAAACAGUUAUAUUUACUUUAUAGGAAAUAGAAAUCUAUUAUCAAUUUUGUUUGGGUGGACCUGUUUCUCCCACAAUUUUUGAAGUGUGACUUUAAAUGACACAUGAGUCAGAAACUUUCAAGGCUGCUGCUUGAAGAUGAGGACCAAGUCUCUGCCAGUGUUUUGUGUGUUUUUCAUGUCAAAUAAAUGCACGUUCUUACUGUUAA